UUUAGUCCUCGGAACAGGUAUGCGCUUCCCCUUUCCCGGAGGACGGACCUGAAUUGAACACUCGACGGGAUGAACACCAAAAAUUUAUAUACUACUAAUAAUAGAAAUUAGAAGAAGAAGAAAAGAAAACCUAGCGAGAGUCUGCUCAUGAAUCUUUCUAUUUUCUUCUGAUUCAUUGAAUGUGAAUAGAAGAAGCAGAUGAUGAGGCUGCUUCUCCAAAUCCUAAGGAACAAUUCUUCACUGAAGAGUGAACUGAAUGGUGGCACAAAAGCUUCGGCACUUCCCAAACUCUUUUCUCGCUGGCUUCACGCUCCCACACAACCACCAUCGUUUGGCAUUGCCUUCGACAUUGACGGCGUCCUUCUCCGGGGCGAAACUUCCACCGGCGGCUCUCCUCAAGCUCUCAGGCGUCUCUACUACCACUCUGCAAAUUCCUGCUCAAUCAGUGCUUUGAAGGUUCCUUAUGUUUUUCUGACAAAUGGAGGUGGAGUUCCUGAAUCUGAAAGAGCCAAGGAGUUAAGCAAACAGUUGGGUGUUGAUAUUUUGCCCUUGCAGGUUAUACAGGGCCAUACUCCAUUCAGAGAACUUGUUAAAAGAUAUGAGGAUGAUCUCAUUGUUGCUGUUGGAAAAGGAGAACCUGGAAGAGUCAUGUCUGAGUAUGGCUUUAAAAAUGUUCUUUCCAUAGACGACUAUGCAUCUUGCUUUCCAAACAUCGAUCCUUUGGCUCAAUAUAAGAAAUGGACAAAAAUGCAGCCAACUGAUAGAGAAAUGGCCCUAAGAACUGAUCCUUGCUCUCAGAGAGUGCAGGCAGUGUUCAUUGUUAGUGAUCCUGUUGACUGGAGCAGGGACAUUCAGGUUCUAUGUGACAUUCUCCGUACUGGAGGUCUUCCGGGACAAGAAAUUGCACAUCAACCACCUCUAUUCUUUGCAAAUGAUGAUAUUGCAUAUCAGGCAUUAUUUCCUGCUGAGCGUCUUGGCAUGGGUGCUUUCAGGAUUGCAUUGGAGUCUAUCUUCAACAGAAUACACACUAAUAAUAUGGAGUACACAUCUUAUGGAAAACCAAAUCCAUUUGUAUUUAAGAAUGCUGAAAACGUGUUGCUUCAAGUACUGCAAUCUGCUUACAAUAACAUUCAGUCUAGUGGUGAAAUGCAGCCUUUCAAAAGGCUAUACAUGAUAGGAGAUAAUCCUUCAGUUGACAUCAACGGAGCAAAGCAGGCAGGGCAUCCUUGGGUUUCAAUUUUGACAAGGACGGGGGUUUUCAAAGGAAUUGGAAAUCAUGCUGAUUAUCCAGCAGAUCUGGUGGUCAACUCUGUGGAAGAGGCCGUCGAUUACAUAUUGAGGAAAGAGCAUACAUCUUAGAUCUCAUUAACCUUAAUUUAUCUCCAAAGGUCAGAGCAUUCUUGGCCCGGUUGCUUACGUACACUGGGCAUACAGAUUCUGAAAGGAUAUUAGCGUUAUAGAUUCGUUACAACCAAAGAGACAAAAGUAACCAGAUAUAACCUGGAUCUGGCGAAUAUUUUUUGGCUGCUGAAAAUGUUUUUGCCUUUUUUUCCUCUCUGGAAGAUAUUCUUCUAUUUUUUAAAAUUGCUAUGCAUGCUCUAGAUUUUCCACUAGUACUUUUAUCACCAUAACAUUUCGAGUGAAAGUUGGAACCUUUUAGCAAUAAAAUUGUGGGGUAAUGUCUUGCACAAA